AAUGCCUCGACUAUUUCUAUAUUACAGGGUCUGGUUGAGAAUACAUUGAGCUUCAUGAUGGUUGUGAUCCGUUUGUUGGAGAGUUGUAAGCUGUAUGUUCAGAACAAGAAGUCCAACCUGACCCACUGGCAUCCAGUCCUUGGCUGGUUUUCACAGAACACCGAUCAGUGCCUCCACGCGGCGAUGCCGUACGUCGUGAAGCAGCUACAGCUGUUGUGGUGUGAGAAGAUGAUACGUCUGCUGUUCCUAGAACUCAUUACAUACGUCGAGGUGGACACACAGAAACAGACCAGCAAGUCUUCUACACCAUCCAAAAAUAUAGUACUGCGAGUUUUAGACAAAGCCUCCUCUUCUAAAUCUUCUACGAAGAUAAAGCUGGAGAGUUCCAUAGCGAUGUCAACAUGUCUGCCAUGUGUCCUUUAUCAGACAACUAUCAACACGUUAUCACAGCUGCGACUGGACAUCCUUGGAGGACUGAGUUAUAAUGACGUACUACUCCCAAUCCUGUGGAAGUUCUUACGUGACAUGGGUCCCAAUUGUGGGCUCAAGACAUUCGUGGAGCUUCUUAGUCAGGCGCCAAACUCCACCAUUCACCCUGUGUUUAGUCUACUCACAGUGUUCUGUGAGGCUGCCAGUCACUAUAUCACGACUUUAGAUGACAUAGAGAUGUAUGAACAACAGAAGAUAUUCAAACCUAUGGACUACAUGCAGAUGAGUGAAUUCCUCAACCUGUUUGUGUUUCGCCUCAUCUGGCACAACCUCAUAGAUAUACAGACAGCCAGUGUAAACGAUAUGUUUGGAGCAGCACGGGUCCUACUCAUGAUUCUGUAUGAGAGAGACUGUCGGAAAUCCUACACAGAGAAGGACCAUUGGCUGAUAAGAGACGUGAAGCCCAGUCUUUUUAUCAGUGAAUUGGAAAAAGGCAGAAAAACUGCGGUAUAUUUGAUGCAGAAAGCCCCACACAUAAUACCAUUCUCAGAGAGGGUGAAAAUAUUCCGGCGUAACGUUACCAAGGAAAAGGAGGUGAUGGGUCUGACAGAGUCAGCAUGUGCCUCGCCCCAGUCUACUCUAAUCACCAUCAACAGGGGGCGUGUUGUUGAGGAUGGCUACAGACAGCUGGCCCAGUUACCUGCGAGAGCUAUGAAGGGGGUCAUCAGGGUCAAGUUCAUCAACGAACAGGGACUAGACGAGGCGGGUAUAGACCAGGACGGAGUGUUCAAGGAAUUCCUGGAGGAAACCAUCACCAAGGUGUUUGAUCCCUCACUGAACCUCUUCAAGGUAACAAGUGAACAGAAGCUAUACCCUUCCUCUACUUCACAUAUACAAGAGAACCACCUCACAUUGUUUGAGUUUGUCGGCAAGAUGUUGGCCAAGGCUGUGUAUGAGGGUAUCGUUGUGGAGGUCCCUUUUGCGCCGUUUUUCCUGACACAGAUACUUGGCCAUCAGCAGAGUGCCACCUACAGUUCACUGGAUGAACUACCCUCACUUGAUCCAGAACUUGCCAAAAGUCUCUGUUACACAAAGCAUUACGAUGGUGACAUCGUUGACCUUGAUCUGACCUUCUCCUGCGACGAGGACUGUAUGGGGAGGAUAGAGACUCAUGAACUGGUGCCAGGGGGCAAGGCCAUCACUGUCACUAACGAAAACAAGAUACGAUAUGUCCAUCUGAUGGCACACUUCCGUAUGUACCGCCAAAUCAAGGAACAGUCCAUGGCUUUUAUACGUGGCUUUAAGACUGUCAUCAAUUCUGAUUGGCUGAAGAUGUUUUCUGCCCCAGAACUUCAGAAGUUGAUAUCUGGUGAUAAUGCUGACCUUGACAUCGGAGACCUGAGGCGACACACACAGUAUUAUGGUGGUUACCAUAACAACCACAAGGUGAUCAACUGGUUGUGGGAUGUACUCGAUAAGGAUUUCUCCGCCUCAGAGAGAGGACUGUUCCUCAAGUUUGUGACGAGUUGCUCCAAACCACCGCUGCUAGGGUUUGCCCACCUAGAGCCGCCUUUCUCCGUCAGGUGUGUGGAGGUCAGCGACGACCAGGACACAGGAGACACAGUGGGUAGUGUCCUCAAGGGUUUCUUCAACAUCAAGAGACGAGACCCUGUGGGGCGCCUACCAACCUCUUCCACUUGCUUCAACCUCCUGAAACUCCCAAAUUACCAGAAGCGCAGCACACUUAAGGAGAAGCUCCGAUAUGCUAUCAAUUCCAACACUGGUUUUGAGUUGUCCUGAUACACACAAGACAGUAGUUGUGUAUUCAAUCAUCCUUGUCCCUGUCAGUAUAUGGCUGUAGUGCAGUCCAGGUCACCGUGUACAACUAUUCAGUCACUGAUACGACUGCCAGGGUGUGGCUGUGUAAUAUGUGAUCCCGGCCAGGGUGUGGCUGUGUAAUAUGUGAUCCCGGUCAGUGUGUGCUGAUGUGUAUAAACCUUCCAUGUCAUUGUCAGAGUACGACUGUUGUUCAACCCUCCAUGUCACUGUCAGAGUAUGACUGUUGUUCAACCUUCCAAGUCAUUGUCAGAGUACGACUGUUGUUCAACCUUCCAUGUCACUGUCAGAGUACGACUGGUGUUCAACCUUCCAUGGCAUUGUCAGAGUACGAC